GUCAUAUUGGCUUGAUGUUAUAUUCAGUUGACUCUAAGCCCAUACUUACCAUUCAUUUAAGCUCGGAACGUUGAACCUCAAACAAUUUUAUAGUACAAGAGUUUUGAACACUAUGCAAUGAGGUACAUAGCACCCGUCCUAUCCGCAACCAUGGCAACCAUUCGUUGACAGGAGGCAAAAAGGGACAAAAGGCAUAAACUGAUAAGUGCUCGUGGGGUUGUCCAUCUAUUCAUUGGUCAAUCAAGGAUUUAUUACUUUACUUACUAUUCAGUGACUCAAACCUCUCAAAACAUGGAUCAUCGUGAAAAGAACCAGAUUACGUCAUGGAUUAGGAAAUCCUAGUUUCUUUUAUUUCAGACCUGCAUGUAUUCGCCAUUAUAGAAUGAAGGGGUCUCAAUGAAAAUCCACUGAAGUGGAAUCACCAUUCAUACAUGUAUAUGCAUGUAGCUUUAGACAUUCAAACACAGGGAAAAUAUACACGCAACAACGUCACAUUGGUAUAACUCGAUCCAAAACAAGACUAUUUGACAGUCAACAUCGCGAGGACAAUGAACGAGAAAAAAGUUUCACUGUUUGCAGCCUUCAAGGCUCUCAUUGUCCGGCUCAUCUACGCUGCCAACGGCAUUAUACUCACAUUUUUCGUUCACGACAUCAUCAAGGAGGGCAGGGUCUUCAUCCUGAACGCUCUCCUCAUACCAUCAGCCAUCGAAGUUAUCGUCACUCUGAAGUACAAGAGGAGGGGAGAGUGGACUUGGUUUAUACCAAGUGUUUUCAUUUAUCUCCUAUGGGUUGUCCCCUGUAUCAUCAUACUGGAGAUCUACGCCCUCAACUUCAGAAGGCACGUUGUGGAUGCCAUGCAGAUGUCCACCACCUGUCCUGUUGUGUUCUAUGACGAGUGUCGUUCAGCCGUUGUGGAGGCGAUGGAGGAAGAGGCUGAUACGCACUUUGACAGCCUCCUCGGAGCCAACAUCACUGACCAUGUGCUCGAUCCGGCAACACAUGAUUUGAGUCGGCGCUAUUCCUCCAUCUUCCAGCAAAUCAUGAUGUUAGUCAUCAUCUUCGGUCGCUGGAUGGCACCCAAAGGCAAGCUAUCACAUGAUCAGUUCUCCAGCCUGCUAUUGGCUCUGACAGCAAUGUCUCUAGAUAUGCUGGAAUUUGCAACGGACAGUCUGAGUAUCGAGGCUGUGGCGUGUGAUAAAAUCUACGUUGGAUUCAUCAUCGCUGUCUGGUGCUGGAGCCUCCUACAGAUUCCCCUGGGGUUAACGGCGGUGAAGCAGCGAAAACCUCGCAUCGCCGGUCCAAUCGAAUCACGUGACUCUUCCGACGAUUCAACCGCAGUCCAAGGGAGCAAACCUAAUGGAUUCAACUGUAAAGCUUCCUGCUGCUGCUAUUGCGAAAGCGAGAUAUGGUCUCUGAUGGUGAGUAUCUUCAUGCAGGACGGCCCGUACUUGAUCCUCCGCCUUUACAUCAUGUUCUCGACAGGAUACGUAGGGGAGACACUCAUCUUCUUCGCCGCGAAAAACGGACUAAUUGUCGCGCUGCAGUCGUACCGCGUCAGUGUGAAGGUGCACCAAGGUUUCCGUAGGAGACGCAAAGGCCUCUCUGUAAAGCGCCAUUCGACGCUGCCGGCCGGGAAUUCACAUCCGGUUGUCAAUGCAAAAAGUCUUCAAAAUGGAGGCUUCACGGGCGAAGGGGAAACCAACACCGAAAGCGUCGUGGUCACUAUCUCACGAGCAGGAAGUGAUAACACUGACGAUGGCGCCACAGACCAAGGCGAGGACGCUUUCCAGGUUGAAGAAGAAACCAGAAGCAGUGAGGUUCCCCAAGGACAAGAGGGAGCUCAGUCUGGUGUUUCAGCAGUAUCUGGAUUCCAAGAAGUGGCCCUUGAAAUUUGUGAAGAUGAUGAAUCAUUGCAAAACGAUGAACUUUGAGAGAAGAGCUCAAUCUGCUUUAUCGACAGAUCAUGUCUGUGAUAUUGAAAAUUAUAUCAACGUUGAUAUUUUACUAAUUGAGAGCGUUGUAAAGACUAUGUUUUAUAUACGGGUUCAAUCAGCUUUAAGUUUUGAUGGUGCUAGGUGUGUCCACAUGUGUACUAAUUGUAUGCAGUGACGAGAACCGCUUUUGGACAUGUUGGAUGUAUUAAUGUUUUUAAACACAUUUCCACUUUUAAAUCUUAUGAUUUUAUUGUUUUAGAGGAAAAUAAAUUGUCUUUAAAAAAAUCUAAACACGGCUAAUAGGUAACUUCAUUUUGUAAAAGUAUUAUAUGAAACAGGUUUUGGAAUAAGAUUGGUAGGAAUGAUUCUAUUUAUCUACAAGAUACUGUUUUGGGGUGAAUCAUUAUGCAUUAUUUACGUUAAUCGCAUAUCGUAUGACUCUCCUACGUUAUCUCUCCCGGUUACUUUUCAUAGUAUUUCUCCUCUGAAAUUAUAUUGUACAAAGAUAAGAUAAGAGCUUCUAUCCAUGGGAAAUAGCCCAAAUUUUAUUAGUAAGACAUAUAAUCGUGUACUGUAAAAUUUGCUUCAGAAUUAACCAUGUGACGUUUAAAAAGUGAAAAUCUACCAUACAUAAACUUGUUGCAUUAUGCAGUGUUGGAACACUCAUGUAAUAUGAUCUGCUAAAAAUUCUCUUUUUUAUGUAAUUGUGGAAAAGGAUAUGCAUUUUAAUUGCGUUUCUAUGUACUGAUGUUAGUCGUUGUUUAAAAAAACCCGAAAAUAUAUAUAUAUUUUUACCAGAUGACCAGAACCUGUAUUUCAUAAUUCAAAAUACUAUUCAAUGAAUAAAAUAGAAUAUAGAAUAUAAAUGGUUUAUUGAUAAUACAUGAUCUGCAGCCAGUGGCUGAAAUAUGCAUGUUUACAUAGCAUAAUAACAUACAAAAACAUUAUAAAAAGAGUAGAUAGAAAAAAUAUAUAAGCAUUCAAUACAUAUAUUACUUUGAAACAGAGGGUCGUGGGUUCGAAUCCCAGCCUUGGCGUAAUUUCCUUCGGCAAGAAAAUUUAUCCACAUUGUGCCGCACUCGACCCAGGUGAUGUGAAUGGUUACCCGGUAGGAUUUAUUCCUUGAACGCUUUAGCGCCUAUUAAUAUGGCGACUCAGCUACAGCCAGGGUAAUAAUAUGAUACCAAGUAUCAAAGCGUAGUUGAGUAUAUGCACAUAGUAACUGCGAUAUAUAAAUGGACAUAUUAUUAUUAUUACACAAACAAAGAUAUUCAUUAUAACAAAUCAAAUUACGUAAAGGAGUCAUGAGUGUAAAUUAAUUAAAAUUACAUUGUAUCAAGUAUUGCAUAAAUAGAAUAGAAGAAAAUAAAAUCAUGAUUACCCAGUCAAAAUCAAUUCAAUUAUUUAUAAAGUAUUAUAAAUAAUUUAUUACUGAUUAAUGUACGUUUCAUACAUAUGUUUAUCUGAAUUCUUAAUAUUUUCAAAUAAGGUUGUCUUAUCACAUUACAUCACAAUUAUUCAUAUAUAAGAAAUAGUUAGUAAUCACAGGGAAUCUUUGCAAUCCUGUAUCCCAUUUCAGACAAGUGUUUCUUUUGGAUGUGAUCUGAAUUUCUUUGAUGAUGAAAUGUAAAAAGACCAUUAAAAAUU